AUAAAUGUAAUAAAUGCUCCUACUGCCGUUUCUGCUGGCUACUGAGUCCCCUAAGUGGCGAGUGAGUUUUAACUCCUUAAUUACUAACCAGCGUCAGAGUCACGCACAGUACACAAUCUGUGAUGUUAGAGAGCCACCUUUUGGUCAAUUUAAGCAACAGCAUCGCCAGCUGCUUGACAGGGGCUCAACUCAUAUUAGCUUACUGGUUUUGUUGUUAAAAAUGUCAUUGCAAUUUUAUCUAUGCAAUUGUGAAAAAAAAAAGGCAAAAUAAAUGAAAAACUGUGAACAACCGCAUGUUUUGGUUGGUUUACAUUUUAAAUGAUCAUGAACAUUUUUUUUGUCUGCUAAAACUACUUGAAACUUUUUUAAACUGCUUAAAACUACCUGUUUGUUGUGCCAUUUUCUAUAUGGCUCUUGUGCUAUUUGCUUUAUUUGUUAAUAGAAAAAAAAACUAAUCUCUGGUUUCUUUCUAUUUUAUUCCAGAAGGGAGGGGGAUCUUCUGAUUUAAAAAAUCGUGAUUAAAAAUCGAGAUCGUUCAACAUGGGAAAAAAAAUCGCGAUCACUUUUUUUGCCAUAUCGCCCAGCCCUAAUUCAAUCCCCAAGAAAAACAGCACGUCGGUCAUUUGGGAGUAUUUCGGGUUUGAGGCUGCAGACAUGCACCAGAAACAGGUAGUGCCCAAAACCUGCUGCGCUAAAAUUGCAACAUCCAGCGGAAACACAACCCACUUUUACCGGCACUUGAAAAAUCACCACAGGGAUUUGCAGGAAGAGUGGAUGACAAAAAAGUCCGGUGAAAAGCCUGGCGAAGAUAAUACACAGGCCCAUAGUAGCAAACAGACUACAAUUACAACAUCUUUUGUCAGUGUAACGCCGUAUGAUAAGAGCAGCCGAAGACACCGGGAGAUAACGACUGCCAUAACACACUACAUUGCGAAGGACAUGGUGACUGUUAACACGGUCAACAAAGACGGAUUUAAAAACCUCCUCCGCCAUCAAAGCUAUGGAACUUAACCAAUGGACCAGACUUCAAUGUUUUGGACACAGACUACAUCCUGCAAUUGAAAAUGCUGUUAAAGAUGAUGCAAGAGUUAAACGGGCAACAGGACUUUGCAAACAGGUGGUUGGUGUCUUCUCUCAUAGCUGGAAAAAGAAGACGGCACUGAAAAAGGCACAGCAAGAAUUAAAUUUACCAGAGCACUCGCUGAUAACAGAGUGUCCGACAAGAUGGAGCUCAAGGCAAAAAAUGAUGGGGAGGGUGUUGGAGCAGAGCAAGGCGUUGUCUCAGGUUCUGUCUGAAGACAAGAAGACGCGUCACUUGGUCCCCACUUGGCAGGACACAGAUGUCCUUGAAUCGAUAAACAAUGCCCUUGCUCCUCUUCAGGAGUUUACAGAUGCCCUGUCCGGUGAAGCCUAUGUAAGUGUGUCAUACCUGAAGCCAGUUCUCCAUCUCCUGAGAACAUCAACCCUGACUGAAAGUGAUGAGGACACAGAUCUUACCAAGGAAAUCAAAUCAAGAGCUCUUGGCUACAUUGAAGAUAAAUACAGUGACCCCGCCACACAGGAGCUACUGGACAUUACUUCUUUCCUGGAUCCUAGAUUCAAGACUGACUACAUAAGUGCAGAGAAUGUCCCAGACGUCAAAGAAAGAGUGAAGAUUGAAAUGGAACAGCUGGCACGAAAGGAAAAGAGGGCUCGUGUCAGCACCACAGAUCCCCCAGGGUGGAGCAGAGGCAGCGCCAUCCACCACAGGGAAGGGAAAGCAGUCAUUGGGCAGCUUCUUCAAGAGCAAGGCUGUCCCUCCUCCUUCCACUACGCAGAUGAAGGAUGCUAUUAAAGCUGAACUGGACAACUACCUACCUCAGGGCCGCAGAGACUGUUGAUGUUUUUAAAAAGAGGCUCAAGACCCAUCUCUUUAAUCAGGCUUUUAACUGACUCAUUUAACUAUUUUAAAUUUCUUAUGCUCACCCUUAUUUUUAUUGGAUCUUACUGUUCUGUUUUAUAUUUAGUUUAUCCUUUUUUAUCAUAUUUUAUUUUCAUUGUUUUAUCUUAAUGUUUUAUCUAAAUAUUUUAGUCAUUAUUUAUGGUCUAUUUUAUACAUUUUACUGUCUUAUUCCUUUAGUUUUUAAUGUCUUGCUUUUUAGACAUACUUUUAGGAUUUUAUGUUAUGUUAUACUUUUUAAAACUCUUUUAGUGUAUUUUAUCCUGCUUUCUUGUAGCUUUUAGCUCCAGUGUUUCCUCAUGGGGAGCCUCCAUGCUGGGAGUGACUCUGGCCUGCAGGGGGUCGUCCUGGGGGUGGUUCCGGCCUGGAUGGUUGUGGAGCUCUGCACCACGGCUUCACCGCUGUGGUGUGGACUCCUCUAUCCGUCCGGGCCGGGAUGGUCUCUGUGGGUAUGUAAAUUCCUGUGCAUACCAGCUACCAGUUCCAUCAGAGAGACUGGUUAGUGCUAGUGGCAAUGUUGUCACAUGUCAGCGCUCAGGUCUAAAACCAUCAAAGGUUGACAUGCUGGUUUUCUUGACAAAAAAUCUGUAAAGAGUGAUGUAGAGAUGUCAGGGAAGCAAGUUUUAUUGUUUAUUUAGUACUUUUUUAGAUUUUAUUUGUUGGUUCUGCACUUAACCCUGACUUGUGGUGCCUUUGUUUCAAAAAGAUAUUCGCUAUAUUGUUUACAGAAUAGAUGUGCAUUGUGCAAUAUUUGGGUGCUGCUGAGCCAUAAAUGAAUAACCCGCCUAUUGUGAUGUCUGACAUGUUUUUCAGAAGGGAAGAGGUAGGGUCAUUUUAUUUUAGUAAGAGUUUUAUUUUAUUACCAUUACUUUUCACUUUCACUUACUGUAAAAAGACAGUCCGGGUUUCUUAAUGUAGGGUUGAGUAAAGUACUUUAACUGCUGCUAUAGAUGUUGAUAAAUUAGCUCCCUUGAGCCAUAAAAGACUGACCUGGACCCAAACCUACUGAAUAUAAGGCUGUUGAGCAGGAUCAUUUGGGAAUUGUUGAAUUUUGUUUUUCUUAUCAUUACUUAUUUAACAUCUUUUUUUUUUAAUUGUUUUGUAUUUUAUUUUAUUUAUUUAACUUUUUAACUUAAAACAAUUAAGGAUUUUUUGCACUAUAAGUUAAGACUGUA